CGGAUUGAAAGGACUGUUUGUUUUUCAGUCCUCUACAGAGUCUGGACCUCAAACAGGCACAUUUUCACCCCGUUGUGCUGAGCUUUUCUGUGCAGUGGCAUCAUCAUGUUAGUGGAUUUUGAGAAACUGCGGAUGAAAGGAGCUGGAAAAGCGAUUGCUGUUCUCACCAGCGGUGGAGAUGCACAAGGAAUGAAUGCAGCUGUUCGUGCAGUAACGCGCAUGGGUAUUUUUGUUGGUGCCAAGGUUUACCUGAUCUAUGAGGGUUAUCAAGGACUUGUGGAUGGAGAGGACAACAUUAAGCUUGCUAACUGGCAAAGUGUGAGCAACAUUAUCCAGCUGGGUGGCACAAUAAUUGGCAGUGCCCGCUGUAAGGAUUUCACUACACGAGAGGGUCGUCUCGCUGCUGCCUUUCACCUGGUUCAGCGUGGCAUCACUAACCUGUGUGUGUGUGGAGGAGAUGGUAGCCUCACCGGGGCCAACAUUUUCCGCAGGGAGUGGAGUGAUCUGCUGGCACAGCUAGUGCAGGAAGGGAGAAUCACAGACACUUUGGCCCAGCAGUACACCCAUCUAAACAUCGUAGGCCUGGUGGGUUCCAUUGAUAAUGACUUCUGUGGAACAGACAUGACCAUCGGAGCUGACUCGGCUCUGCAUCGCAUCAUGGAGGUCAUCGAUGCAAUCACCACGACUGCGCAGAGUCACCAGAGGACAUUUGUACUGGAAGUGAUGGGGCGACAUUGUGGGUACUUGGCUGUGGUCUCGGCUUUGGCAUCUGGUGCAGACUGGGUCUUUAUCCCUGAGGCUCCUCCAGAGGAAGGGUGGGAGGACCACAUGUGUGCACGUCUGGGAGAGAGUCGCAGCAAGGGCUCUCGCCUCAACACUGUGAUCAUUGCAGAGGGAGCUAUUGAUGGACAUGGUCAACCCAUAACCUCCAAUUACGUGAAGGAUCUUGUAGUGAACAGACUGGGUUAUGACACUCGUGUCACUGUUCUGGGGCACGUACAGAGAGGAGGAACACCCUCCGCCUUCGACAGAGUGCUGAGCAGUAAAAUGGGGGUAGAGGCAGUCGUUGCACUGCUGGAGGCGACUCCAGAGACUCCGGCUUGUGUGAUUGGCCUAUCUGGUAACCAGGCCAUGCGACUCCCUCUUAUGGAGUGUGUCAAUAUGACAAAGGAGGUGCAGAAAGCCAUGAAUGAAAAGCGCUUUGAAGAAGCCAUUCAGUUACGUGGAAAGAGCUUUGAGAAUAACUGGAACACGUAUAAACUUCUGGCUCACCAGAAACCAGCUCACACAAAGAGUGAGCACUCCAUGGCAAUCUUAAACGUGGGUGCUCCUGCAGCUGGAAUGAAUGCAGCUGUUAGAUCAGCAGUCAGGGUUGGCCUUGCCCAGGGCCUCAGAGUCUACACAGUCAACGAUGGAUUUGAGGGUCUGGCAAAUGAUGCAGUCACUGAAGUGCACUGGCAUGAUGUAGCAGGGUGGACCGGUCAAGGAGGCUCACUGCUCGGAACUAAAAGAACACUUCCAAAUUCCUGCAUGGCAAAAAUAGUGGAAACUAUUGGAAAGUAUAAGAUCCACUCCUUACUGGUUAUCGGAGGAUUUGAGGCUUAUGAGGGGGUUUUGCAGCUGGUCGAGGCACGUGGACGUUAUGAUGAACUCUGUAUUGUCAUGUGCGUGAUUCCUGCUACCAUAAGUAACAAUGUGCCAGGCACAGACUUCAGUAUAGGAGCAGACACAGCUGUCAAUGCAGCAAUGGAGAGCUGUGAUAAAAUCAAGCAGUCUGCAUCUGGAACAAAAAGGCGUGUAUUUAUAGUGGAGACCAUGGGUGGAUAUUGUGGAUAUCUGGCAACCACCACAGGCAUCGCUGUCGGUGCAGAUGCAGCUUACAUCUUUGAAGAAUCAUUUAGCAUCCAUGACUUAAAGAUGAAUGUGGAACAUUUGACUGAGAAGAUGAAGAAUGACAUUCAGCGAGGACUAGUGCUGAGAAAUGAGAAGUGCCACAAACACUAUACAACCGAAUUCAUCCACAACUUGUACUCAGCUGAAGGGAAGGGCAUCUUCGAUUGCAGGAUAAAUGUUCUGGGACACCUGCAGCAGGGUGGGGUCCCUACACCCUUUGACAGGAAUUUUGGCACCAAAAUGGGGGUAAAGUCAGUUUUGUGGCUCACUGAGAAAAUGAAAGAGACCUACAGACAAGGUCGUGUAUUUGCCAAUGCGCCAGACACAGCAUGCGUUAUCGGCAUGAAAAGGAAAACGAUGGCCUUCAGCCCUGUCACUGAGCUUAAGAACCACACGGACUUUGACCACAGGAUGCCGAAGGAGCAGUGGUGGCUAAAUCUGCGCGUCAUGCUGAAAAUGCUGGCCAAGUACCAGACCCAUUUCGAGGAGUAUGUUACAGGGGACAUCGAGCAUGUAACUCGGAGGACCCUCAGCAUAGAGACGGGAUUCUAAACAGCAAGCCAUGUUGUAACAAAAAGGGCACAAGAACUUAAAACUCACCAUUCCAGUGCUGUCUAAAGUUUAUUCUAAGCACAUUUGAAUCUUAUAAUGACUAUUAAAACAGUCCUUAAAUCAGUAGCACAAUCUGUACACCCAUUAGGUUACAAUUUUUUCACCCUAAUCACUAUUGAUUGUUUUAGUUUUAUUCCUCUUACAUGUUUCACAUUGAUGGAAGUGUGAGACGUUUAGUAGUGCUUUUGCUUUUUUUUAACAACUUGGUGUCAAAUGGCAUUUCAUGUCUACUUACUGUUUAUUGUAUGUUACAGUGUUGUGUAUAGUAUUGCACAUGUAAUAAUUAUGUGACUUAUGUGGCUAGUAAUUACCAUGUUUUGACUUAUUUAAAUUUAGGAACCUAAUUUUUUCCCUAAUGUUAAUUUAAUAUAUGCUAACUUGCACAGAAUCUGUUAUGCACCAAGUGUAGUGCGUUAUCCACAGUUUCAAAAUAUUUAUUAACAAAAGUUGGAGUUACUUUGAUAAAACACUGACAAUUGUCCUGUUUGCUGUAGAAGUGUAUAAAUUAACUUUGUCAAAAUGUUUGAUAUUUCACUGGUUUCUAAUGUUAAUAAAAUAUUGCUAACUUAUUCUAAA